AUGAGCUCUAAAUUUUGUAAUAUUGGUGAAUUGGAUCUCGAAUCAUCUGUUAACCAAACAAGCUUUUCAUUUGACAAUAAUGUUAACUUUGAAAAUAAACAAGGAGUAGUAUGUAACACAGUAAAGGAUUUAAAAGAUUUCCCACAAGAAAAAGAUAAAUUUUUGAUUCAUAAUAGUGAUCAAAGUACUGAUUUUGAGGGUUCUUUAAUAAAAGCUAUCGAAUCAAGUCCUCUAAAUGAAAUCAUAUACUUAUAUUUGUGGGAUAAAGUUUUUAAUUAUUGGGUAGAUCAAUUACAUAGAAAUAAUAGAAUGAAUACUGUAAAAGUAAUUCGCAGUAUUAUUAGUUUGUUAGGUUCUGUUAGUCAAAGGCUAGAAGGAUUAUCUUUUGGACUGAGCUCAUCUUUAUCAGGAGACAUGGGAGAUGUACUUGUUGAAAAAGUUCUAACUUGUUGUUUAAAAAAAUAUCUUGUGAGCACUGAGACUAUCGGAGAUCAAAAUCCAAGUAAGAGUAUAGUAAAUACUAAUUUGGUCUACGAACUGAUUUUACACUUAUGUGACUCCUGUUCAUUAUCAUGUUCUGAAGCUACUAGAUGUAUUCAGAAUAUAAUUCAAUUUUCUCAACUCAGUAUAGCUACUAAAGAUGAUAUUAAUUCUAAUGCUCUAAGUGUAGAUAAUUGUCAAAGUCGUGAAAAAUUAAUAGACAGUCUUAUAAUGCAGCUAUGCAAAGCAAUAAAACAUCAUAAUUCUAUUAUUAGAAUUGAAAUAGUUGGAAUUUUAAUUUAUGCUUUUUUAGCAGUACCAAUGUCAUCUAAAUUUCCUUAUAAUCCAACAAGAAUUGUACAAGCCUUAGUUUGGUCUAUGUAUGAUGAUGAAGAAGAAGUUGUUUGUCGUGCAAUAGAUGGCUUACGUGUAUAUUUGUCUGUUGUUGGCAAUGACUACUUUAGAACAGUAAUAAAUUUAGCUGUAAAUGCUCUUCCUAUAGAGCGUAAACAAGCUUCACCUUUUACCCCAUUAAAAAUAUUACAGAAACGAAUUCUUCAAAAUCCACCACUUCCAGAUAUAGAAGAUGGAUAUGUGACUAUUAUAGAUUUUAAUCUAAGCAAUAUAAUUGAAGACAGUGAAGAUUAUGAUAGUUCUUUAAAGAGUUCUAGUACUGAAAAUAAUGUUGAGAAAUAUAAUAGUCAACAGAUUAUUUAUAAUAAUAGUAAGAUAGAUUCACCAAAUAAUCAUUGCCUCAUUGAUUCUAAUAAUAAAUCUCUAGUAUCUAUUAAAGUGGAAUUAAAUAAGGAAAAAGUAUUAAAGAAAUCUGACAUUACAAAUUUCUCAGAUAUAAUAUCAACAAGUAUUGACAAAAUAGAAUCUAUAUAUCAAAAUUCUAUACACUUUUUAUCAACUUGUGAAUUACUGACUGAAGAUUGGAAUAAAGUUGUAGAAGAGAUCACAAAUUUGCGUCGUAUUAUAAUAUUUCAUUCUCAAUUAUUAAACAAUAACAUAGCAUUUAUGCAGUCCCAUAACUCUAGGCAAAAAAGUUUCAAUGCUACUUAUGUUGGGGAAAGUAUUAUAAGAUGGGUUAAUUCACUGCGUUCUAGUGUCAGUAAAGUGGCAUUAUAUGCUAUUGAAGAAUUAUACUUGAAUUGUGGAAAUUGUCUGGAUUUCGGAAGGUUCUUAGAUCUUAGUAUUGAUGCUUUACUAAAGAGAACUACAGAUCGCAAUAAAUUCUUAGCAAAUGAUGCAUAUCAGGCUAUUAAGACAAUUUGUUUAGUAAAAUGUGGUGACAAAUUAUUGGGUAAAUUUGUCAACUACGGACUACGUAGUCGAAGUUCGAUAAUUAUCCAUAAAUGCCUUGCUGCUAUAGAAAUGAUUUUACAACAAAUAGGUGUUAAUAUUUUGAAGUGCAGUCAUCUAUUAUCAUGUAUCGAGUUUAUUCACAGCAAUAUAAAUGGAUCUACGCCAGAUAUACGUGCUACUGCAAUUAAAUGUAUUAGAACUAUUUUAGGGAAUGUAAAGUGGAAAAGUAUAAGCACAGUUUUACAACGUUCCGUGGCUCCUUUUAAGCUUGAUCAAUUUCGCACAGAUUUUGAGCGAUUAAUUAAAUAA